AUGAAUCCAACCAAUUACCAAGCAACAGUCAAUUCUACUUCGUACAGUAAUUCUGCCUAUCCAAGUAAUGGAGAAAUCCCUCCACCUCCUCAAGCGAUUCAUUAUACAUCGCAUCCAUUCCAUGAGAAUUUGAAACAAAAUCUGAUUCCUCCUCAGCAACAACAGCAGGUUUAUACUACAACAGCUGAAACAACCUCAACUCCUCUUGUGAAUAGACAAGAACAUCCCUACACAAAUGCUGGAACCAACAAUUGGUUUCAUGAGAAACAUCAAACUGACAAGGCAAAGAAUGCCUUUUUGAUUGCUACUGUCAUUUCAUUUCUAGUAUUCUUCAUCUUUACACCCUUCUUUGCUUGCAUUCCAUACAUGUUUGUCUUUAAAUAUUCAAGUCAUGAAGUGAGAGGAGCAAGAAAAUAUGGACAAUUGGCAAAAUCAACAUUUUGGUCAUUGGUGGCAUUCAAUGUCUGUCUGUCCAUCCUCAUUGUCAUUAUCACAUUGGCAGUUACACUACCAAAAAAUCAUUAA